AUGGCAUUUGUUCCCUCAGCAUCAGCUUUCUCCCUACCACUUCGUCCAUGGCAGCAAAAUCGCAGCCUCCGGGUUACCCGAUAUGAGCCUAAAAAGCGCAAGAUCAGCGAGGACGCUCAAGAUACUCAGACCGAAGGGGAUGAGGGUGAAACAACUGACGCUGUGUCAGACCUCGGUCGAUCUGUUGUUCUUUCCCCAGAUGAGGCACAUCAGUAUCGUGUAGCGGGUCUUUCAGUCAACGAAGAAUUGCCUGAUACUAAGUACUUCCCCCAUGCUCCAGUCAAGGAAAAGGUUCCUGAAGACAAGGAGAAGGCCUCUAAAGACAAGAAAAAGGACAGCAAAGUCAAGAGAAAGGAUGGGGAGGUGGAGGAUACAAAUGGUGGAGUGAAUAACCGCCGCUCAAUCCCAAAGCAGCUAUCAGAGCUCUCGCCGCCAAUAUAUGCGCCUCAGUCCGCAGCACAGCAGGGAAACCUCCGGCUUCAUCAUCUUGCGGUCCUUACGUCUGUACUUCACCGGUGUCUUCUCGAGGGCGAUUACAUCCGCGCUGGUAGGGCAUGGGGCCUGAUCAUACGGGAACAAUUCGGUGGCACGCCUAUAGACGUGCGUACUGAUGAUCGAUGGGGUAUUGGUGCCGAGAUAUUGCUGCGGAAAGACCGGCAAAUCUCCGACGAACGCCUUGAAAAUAGAAAAACCGACAACGGCUCGCAUGACGGAAGCCCAAGACUUCUCUUUACUAGAAAAGGGUUCGAAGACGCCAAGGGUUAUUACGAGAUUCUUAUUACCCAGUAUCCUUUCCAAAAGACCGCGCCUGAACUCAUCAGCGCAUUGCAUUUCUACCCGGCUAUGUUUGGGCUGUGGAUAUAUGUCGCCCAAGAGGAGAGCACGAAUGCACGGAGGGAGCUUGAGGAAAGGGACCCAACUUCUUGGGACGAGGACGAGACCGGGUCUGGGUCUGGGUCUGGGAACGACGGACAGGCUGAUUGGAAGAAAUACCAAAAGCUCGCAGCUGAUAUUAGAGAAAAAGAAAAGGGCGAAGCUAAGAAAAUCGCUGAGGCUAUGGACGCCAUCCUUACAUCGCCGCCAUAUUCAGACAGUCCUGGGUUACUCGAACUACGAGGUAUGGUGUGUCGGUGGUUUGCUGAUCUGGUCAUCUCUAGCCUGCCUGGAACUAACGACACAUAUGAGCACGACGAGAACUAUGCUAGUGAUGACGGCGGUGGCGAUAUUUUCAUGUCCCAGUCUGGUGGGCUUGAGGCGAGACAGGAACGGCGAAGAGCCAUUGAAAUAAGACAAAUGGAGAUACAGAGGUCUGAAGAGUUCAUGGAAAAAGCUAAAGAGCGGAAACAAGGCAUUUCUUCCAAGUUCAAGACUAUGGACCUCGACCCAGACUCCUCUCCCCGGGGUCAAGACCCGGACUCAUGA